ACUGACAGCUUGUUGAGCGAGUGGAGUUAACUGACCUCUCAGUAAACCAGCAUGCCGUCAGUCUGUGCUGUUCAAAGUAUCUUUGAUCUGUUUGACUGAUUUAACAGUGUGCUAACGUUAGCUUAUCUACCAGCGCCCGCGAUGCAUGUUCUACCAGAGCUUUUGUGUUAAAGUUCACUAAUGCUGAUUAGUUGUCAGUGGUGUGAAGGAGAAGUAAAAGAAGAAGGUCGUUUUGGUAGCCAGAUGGUUCAUAGAGCUAAACCUCUCAUAAUAGUGGAUUAUUUUCUCAAAUUAUUGACUUGCUAGGUUGAAAUAAUGAGUUGUGAUGACAGAAUAACUAUGCAAGUCUUUUUUUAACAUAAUAUCUCAAAAUCUUGAGAAAAUGAGAUGUUAUGUCAAGAUACUGGAUCAGUAUUUUUAGAAAAUAAGUCAUCAUUUUGAGAAACAGAACUUGCCUCUACCUGCCGAGGCUUCCAUAGUAUUGGGCCUGACCGAUUGGACCGAUUCACAAAUCCACCUGAAUCUUUCAUAGCAUUUUGCUGUAUGCAGAGAGGGAGUUUGGAGGGCAAACGUGAGCGAAAGAGCUACAAGGCCUUGCUGGAAGACCCAAUGCUGCGUUUCUCUGGCCUCUACCAGGAGAACUGCUCUGACCUGUAUGUGACCUGCCAGGUGUUUGCGGAGGGAAAGCCGUUGGCCCUACCUGUUCGCACAUCUUAUAAAGCUUUCAGUACCCGAUGGAACUGGAAUGAAUGGCUGAGGUUGCCAGUAAAGUAUCCUGACCUGCCUCAGAGUGCCCAGGUAGCUCUCACCGUGUGGGACGUUUACGGACCAGGCCGUGCUACACCUGUAGGAGGCACUACUGUAACCCUGUUCGGAAAAUACGGAAUGUUCCGGCAGGGCAUGCAUGAUCUGAAGGUGUGGCCGGGAGUGGAGGGUGAUGGAGGAGAGCCCACAUGCACACCAGGCAGAACCAGCAGCACUCUGGCCGAGGAUCAGAUGGGCAGACUGGCUAAGGGUCCAGACCUGGAGCUACUUAGUGAUCUGACAAAGGCUCAUCGUCAGGGGCACAUGGUGAAGGUAGACUGGCUGGACCGCUUGACCUUCAGAGAGAUUGAGAUGAUUAAUGAGAGUGAGAAACGCAGUUCCAACUUCAUGUACCUCAUGGUGGAAUUUCCCCGCGUCAAGACUGGAGAGAGAGAAUACAGCAUAGUUUACUAUGAAAAGGAUGGAGAUGAUUCCUCCCCUUUGCUGACAAGUUCAGACAUAGUUAAAGUCCCUGACCCCCAGAUGUGUAUGGAGAAUCUGGUGGAGAGCAAACAUCACAAGCUGGCCCGAAGUCUGCGGAGUGGACCGUCUGAUCAUGACCUGAAGCCCAACGCUGCCACCAGAGACCAGCUCAAUAUUAUUGUCAGCUACCCACCCACCAAGCAGCUGAGCUCCGAAGAGCAGGACCUUGUAUGGAAGUUCAGAUAUUACCUCACCACUCAGGAAAAGGCCCUGACUAAGUUCCUGAAGUGUGUGAACUGGGCGUUGCCACAGGAAGCGAAGCAGGCUUUGGAGCUGUUGGGGAAGUGGAGGCCCAUGGAUGUGGAGGACUCUCUGGAGCUGCUCUCAUCCCAAUUCACCAACCCCACUGUCAGACGUUAUGCUGUGGCCCGCCUGCAGCAGGCUGAUGAUGAGGAUCUGUUGAUGUACCUGCUGCAACUGGUUCAGGCCCUAAAGUAUGAGAACUUUAAUGAUAUCCAGGGUGGUCUGGAGCCUGGCAGUAAGCGGGACAGUCAGGGAGGUCUGGGCGAGAGCUCAACUGUAGGCGAUUCAGACAGUUCUCCGAUGGCUUCGGCUGCCAUGACGACUCCCAGCACACAGAAGGGCAAAGAGGGUGCAGAUGGAGAGAAUCUGGAGCAGGAUCUGUGUACCUUCCUUAUAUCACGUGCUUGCAAGAACUCGACGCUAGCCAACUACUUGUACUGGUAUGUAAUAGUGGAGUGUGAAGACCAGGACACACAGCAGAGAGACCCAAAAACUCAUGACAUGUAUCUGAACGUGAUGAGAAGAUUCAGCCAAGCUCUACUCAAAGGUGAUAAGAAUGUGAGGGUGAUGCGCUCUCUGUUGGCAGCACAGCAGACAUUUGUAGACAGACUUGUGCAGCUCAUGAAGGCUGUUCAGAGAGAGAGCGGCAAUCGCAAGAAAAAGACUGAGAGGUUGCAGGCUCUGUUGGCUGAUAAUGAGAAAGUGAACCUGUCUGAGAUUGAGCCCAUUCCUCUCCCACUGGAGCCUCAGGUUCGGAUCAGAGGAAUCAUACCCGACACUGCCACACUCUUCAAGAGUGCUCUGAUGCCAGCAAAGUUGAUCUUUAAGGCUGAAGAUGGGGAGCAGUAUCCUGUCAUUUUUAAACACGGAGACGAUCUGAGACAAGACCAGCUCAUCCUGCAGAUCAUCUCACUGAUGGACAAGCUGCUACGGAAAGAGAAUCUGGACCUGAAGUUAACGCCAUACAAAGUGUUGGCCACUAGCACCAAACACGGUUUUAUGCAGUUUGUGCAGUCGGUUCCGGUGGCAGAAGUUCUAGCUACUGAAGGAAACAUUCAGAGUUUCUUCAGAAAACAUGCCCCCAGUGAUAAAGGACCUUAUGGCAUCAGCUCUGAGGUGAUGGACACCUACGUCAAGAGCUGCGCUGGCUACUGUGUCAUCACGUAUAUCCUAGGAGUCGGGGACAGACACCUGGACAAUUUGCUUCUUACCAAGACUGGGAAGCUGUUCCAUAUUGAUUUUGGCUAUAUUCUGGGGCGGGACCCCAAACCGCUGCCUCCGCCAAUGAAGCUGAGUAAGGAAAUGGUGGAGGGCAUGGGUGGCAUGCAGAGUGAACAAUACCAGGAAUUCAGGAAACAGUGUUAUACUGCUUUUCUUCAUCUGCGCAGAUACUCAAACCUCAUUCUCAAUCUGUUCUCCCUCAUGGUGGAUGCCAAUAUUCCUGACAUUGCUCUUGAGCCUGACAAGACAGUUAAAAAGGUGCAAGAUAAGUUCAGACUGGACCUGUCAGAUGAGGAGGCCGUUCACUACAUGCAGAGUCUAAUAGAUGAGAGUGUGGGAGCUCUGUUUGCUGCUGUGGUGGAACAGAUACACAAAUUUGCUCAGUACUGGCGCAGGUGAGAAGGUGUUCUGGUGGCCGAAACUUGGAAGUGGACAGAUGUUGCCAUAGUAAUGUAAGCAGAAGAGAACAAAUGUGAGUGGAGGGAUAGAAGGGUGCCAAGAACAACUCAGUUCAUGUAUGUGCCGUCAACUUUCCCCCCCUGGAAACUCUGCGGUCUGGGCACUGUUGAAUUUUCUGUAAAUAUUAUACAUACUCUAUGAAAUUAUAUUGCACUGUUUAUGUAAUUAAAAAAAAAAAACUCUUGGUCAAAUAUAGAUACUAACUUGCAGAUUUCA